CCUUCUUUAUAUCGUGUUGUAUUCACUGUAUAUGAUGGGCACGUACGAGCCACUACGAGGUCCACCGCGCCCACGUCCAAGGCGGCGGUCCUGCAGCUCAGCCACUCAUCUUAAUUACUCACCCGAGCAGUUAGAAGAUUAGUUCCUUUAACUGUUUUUCUUUUAUGUGGAUGGACCAAACUGCCCGUUUCAAUCUGAUUUAGACAAUUAGUAGUAACUAAGGUUUUUUCUUUUCUUUUGCUGGUGAAUUAGUAAGUAAGAUUGAGUGUGUUUUCUUGGAAGAGCGAUCCCAUCCCAAAGGAUCAAGGAGGCAUAGAAAGUGAAGCAAGAAAAUGGAACCAAUCAAGUGUGAGAGAGAUGAGGAAAUCCCAGUCCGACUCAGUAUGGAGGAGAAAGAGAGUUUAGAUGAGAUCAUGAAGCAAGCGGAGUUCUCUUUGGAGUCUAGGGAACUUAUUAAUCAAUCCCUUGCACUGGUUGGCAAAAAUGAAAACCUUGACAGCUCCGCGGCCGCCACAAAAUUAUGUGUUGUGGUAAUAGGUACUUUGGAGAAUCAAACAAUAAAGGGAAGCCUAAGUGUUAUGGAUUCCCACUAUUAUGAAGGCCACAUUUCCGGCAAGCUCACCAACCCUUUUCAGACAUCUGGUUAUUUCAUCAUGUCAUCUAAUAAGUCUGAUAAAGGUGUGAAGGCUGCUGUUGUGUAUUCUGGCAAAAACAGAUCUAAUGUUGAAUGUGGAUGGCUCCUUGCUUUUGCCUACACCAAGGCUACCGGAAGGAGGAUAUAUGCUGAAUGUGGCCUUAAAGAUAAAUUCAUCAACAUCGACUGGACAGACCUUGUAAAGAAAUUGAAUGAAGCAGGGCUAUCUACUAUGGCAAUUGAUGGAGAAACUGGAACAUCACUCUACGGUCGCAUUGUCGGCUCUGCUACUACUACUGCUAACACAUAUGUUAUUAAAGCAUCCUACACGGAUUAGACUGCUUUGAUAAAAAAAUUGUAACAACUCUCGCGAAUAAUUUUAGUUGUAAUAAUAAGGCAACUAUGUUGCGUGUAGUAGCAAUCCUACGUGACAUGCUACCGACUAAUUUCAAUUUUAAGGCUUGUGUUCAAGACUUGCUCCUCAAAUUAUAGAAACAAUAUUCAACAGAUAAUUAUAUAUUUUGUAAUCUGCUCUAUGUUUUAAUGAUAGGUACUGUUGA